AAAACUUGAUAAAAACGGCGGCCUCCAUCUCUACGAUGGCUUCCGAGCCGCGGUGUGCUGUCGAGUUGGGAUUUGUAGAAAAACGCGACGCAUGGGCUCUGAAAAGCAAGUACUUUCCAAGCAAAGUAGGUGGGAAACCAGCUUGGCUCCACCUAAGUGAUGUUCCACGUGGCAAACGUAUUGCCUGCAAAAACUGCGGUGAGCCGUGUGUUUUCCUUCUGCAAGUGUACGCGCCACGUGACGAUGUCGACUCUGCUUUUCACAGAACUUUGUUCGUAUUCAUCUGUGUUGCUCCCGAUUGUGCGAAUAAGCACGACGCUGGCAGUUUUUUAGUGCUGCGGUCUCAACUGCCGAAAGAGAAUCCGUUUUACAGCAGUGAACCACCUGUGGAAUCCCCCGACACUUCGUGCAGUCCGUCGGCAGAAGAUUUCUGUAAAAUUUGCGCCGUAUGCGGCGCAUUGGGCGACAAAACGUGCUCCAAAUGCCAUAGCCGUCACUACUGUUCCAAGUCUCAUCAAAUAUUGGAUUGGAGAGACGGCCACAAGGUUCGUUGUAACCCCCAGUGCACCGACGGCUGCGAGAGGACUUCAGCUCCACUGUUUCCAGAGUACGAGCUGGUUACAGAAACGGAAGACGACGCUUGUGGCGACGACGAAAGCUGUAAAACAGACCAAGAAAGGCUCGCAGACUACAGCCAGUAUUUGACCAGUCAUCCGGAUAGUUCGAAUGACGGGGCAGAUAUCGUGGACCUGGACAAGAUGGCAGCAACCUGUAAAGACAAGGCAUUCUGGAAGUUCAAAAAGACCAUCGCCAAAGCCCCUGAUCAAGUGUUACGCUACAGCUUGGGUGGUACGCCUCUCCUGGUUGCAAGUAGAGGUGGCCCUCAAAGCGUGCCUUGUUGCUCCUGUGGUUCAGAGAGGCAGUUCGAAUUUCAGGUUUUGCCUCAAUUGCUCAACAGCAUUACAGAGCCUUCAGUUGAUAGCUUGGACUGGGGAACAUUAUUAGUUUAUACGUGCAAGGCCUCCUGCGAUGGCGAACCGUACAGAGAAGAAUAUUUGUGGAAGCAAAAUUUCUCAGAGGAAUAGUUUUCAACCUUGCAUAAUUAAACACGUGCGUGUGAACUGGAAACACGCGGAGGGAUGUGGCAGUUUUAUGAUAAGCCUAGCUCGUCCUUUUUAAUAAAAGAAAUGCUACUAACCCAGCAAA